GGCCGUUAUAUAUCACGUACACACAUCUCCGGAAUUGCUCCAAAUUGUGGAGUAAGUGUGCCCGGAAAUCUCACUCUUCUUCACCGUGAUCAUUUUCAGUUCUCGUUCUCGUUAACGUUCUCGGUGCCGUGGAUCUGCGUGCUCUGAUUGGCUGUCUCGGAUCUGAGAUCAUCGUCGUUUUCGGAAUUGGAGAGGAAGAGAGACAGACAGAGUGAUAGAAUUAUACGGGUAGCUGUACAAGAUGGCGGACCGAACUUCAAGUAGAAAGACCACCCUUGGUCUUGGUCAUCAUCACAAUCACAAUUCCCAAGCCAGGCACGAUUGCAGGAGCUCGUCGACGAGAAAAUUCCUCCCGCCUCAGUCCUCUCCCUCGCAACCGUAUCGUCCACCUCUCCCUCCCAUCACUCUGCUCCAGCAGCCUCAUCUCCCGGUCCUAGAUACUCCUAGUACUUCCUACCACCAGUUCCCUGGCGUUUCGAAUUUCCCCGGUCCCCCAGGUCCAGGUCCAGGCUUCUCGUCAUUCAUGGCUCUCCCUCCUCCGCUUCCAAUACCUGUUUCGGUCCCCGCCGCUUACCAAACCACCACCACCACCACCACCACUACGACAACAGAGAUCGAUGUCCUGAUGCAAAGCAGUAGUCCGGACUACGCAACCACCAACACCGAGGGCGAUGUCAGCUUCCUCAUGUCCUCGCACUCGGACAUCGAGCUCGGGUUUAGCAGCAGUAAAGCAUUUCCGCUCUCGCCCGGGUCGUCUUCAACUACGACCGGGACGCUGAGUUUCUUGACCACGGCGGGAGGCACGCCCAGUGUGGUUACGGAGGACUUGUCGGUUUCUGGGACGGGGAGUGGGAUUGUGACGGGUGGGUACGUGAUGGUUAGUCAUAGGAGGACGUAUUCGGAUCAGAGUAAUAGGAGUUCGGGGGAGGGAGGGGGUUUGUAUAGUACGCCGGAUGAGGAGUGGGUUGAGCAUCAGGGGGAGGUUUGGGGCGCUGUUGGGACGGGAGCUGCCGGGCAGAGGCAGGAGUUUGCGGUUGAGGUUGAGAUGGAGGGAGGAGAUGAGGAGGCGAGGUCAAUGCCUCAUGAUCCAAAGUUGGUGCUGUAUAGUUUGGGUACUAAUGAGCCAAGACCGGUUGAGAAUCCGUAUCAAUACCAACAAGUCCAAUCAAGUGGGUAUCAAGAUGCUGCUACCUACCAAGACCAGAAUCAAUACAGCUAUCAGACUGUCAAUCAUCAGGUCUUCGUGCAGACCUCAGGCCCAGCUAAGGUUUCAUCUGAUGGCCCAUGGAGUCCUGUCGCUCCACAGGUUCCUGUUUACGACUCUGGCUAUGUCGCCUUCCUUCCAUCACCUGGACCUGCUGGCGAGCAGGACUCGGAAACAAGUCAGAGUAGGGCAUCCAGUGCCACUCACUCUCCGCAGCCUGGAGACUCCUCGGUGUCGAAGCGGCGGUCCAAGAAAGCUGGUGGGAAGGGAAAAGAGAAAGAUGUUUCUGGCUGGGAGCACACUGUUGUCUCGAAAGGCGGCUUGCAGUUCGUGAGCGAGAAUGUGAAGGAGGAGGUGGACGUCAGAAGUGGUAUCCGCAAAGGAAAGUUAGAUCCCGAGACGGCGGAAAAGGCGAGAAGGAUUAGGAGGAUGAAGGCUUGCUGGAAUUGUUGGAUCCAGAAAGUUCCUUGCUCUGAAGAGAAGACAUGCGAGAGAUGCACCAAGCUGUUCUCGCCAGUCGCGGAUCAACUCUGCUGCAGAUCUGGGUUCAAGGACUAUGAAUCUACAUUCUUCCCAGAUUACCUCCAUGCUCACUUCAAGAAAAAGAAAAUAGAGGAUCUCAUCUCCGAGCAUACUAGCGGGUUCAGUAACACAGUCUUGGUCGUUGAUGUCUCGACUGGAGGACUUUUCAAGGCAAUGACUCUGACCGCCAAUGUCUUUAAACCCAAGACACGGGAGUUACUUCGACACGCGAGUCUUGUCAGUCAGCCUGGGCAAGAUUCUCAGUUGGUUGAGCGAUACAGUGCGCCUGUGGGUAUACUGGGCCUCUCGCCACCAGAGAUGAAGAAACUUUGUACGGAACACAUUGAUGAGAUGAUAGCGAACCCAUCGUAUGCUGCACAAGCAACAGCGGGUGACGACACCAAGCUGCCUUGUGAGAUCCUGGAGAUUGUCCGGAAGUAUUGUUCGAAGAAAGACAUACCUCUCGUCCAAAACGCUUUAAAGAUGCAUGCCAUCCACUACUUCAUGAGCACACUCAUCACAUUCUCUGAGGAAUCAGCUGAGAAAGUGUCUCGAUCUAUACGGAACUACGAUGCACUUCUCGAGCCGUACUUGUCUUCGAGACUCCUCAACAGACAGAUAAAGUAUGUCAUGCAUAAAUUGCACCGCGAACUCACCAUCGAGGUGCUUGAGGGACUCGAGCGAUCUUUGCGGGCAAGAACAAAAGACUCCUGGGGACCAUCAUUCUGUACAAUCCUCAUUCUGUGCUUGUGUAUCGAGGAUCUGCAGAUCGCGGCAGAUACGAUGGUUGUCUGCGACAUGCUGAAAAAAGGGAACGAAUCACAGUAUACUCGGGAUCAAAGCUACCAAGUCUGCCUUGCGUUGGACGAGUAUCCCUUCUCACAGUGCAAGCGGCUUUUCCACGACAUCUACAAAUCGCACAAGGAAGCGAACGGUGGUGCUCGAGAAGGAGGCUUCAAUCCUUUGCGAUCCGUUCAUGAGAAAACCAGUACAGGUUUGGAUGCCACCACGGAUGCAAUGGUCAAAUCGGUGUACGGGGUUGUGGAGGAGUCUUACGAUGAGAUGGUAGAGCUUUCGAAACGAAUUGCGACGAUCGAAUUUGGAUAUACGGUGAAGCCGAAGGACAUCAAAACCAACAAUACUGGGAGAUUGGCUUCUGAUUUCCUCAGGUCCUUCUUCCCUGAUAGCUGAGCGCUGGUUCGUGAGCUACAAUGAUGAUGAACAAACAACAUGAUGUGAUGCAGCGAUGGAUGAUGUGAAGGUUCGAUAAUAUUCAUGUCCAUAUAUUAUUAGGGUUUGGUACGGGCGCAACGGAUUUUAGAAGAUUAUCAAGGUGCAUGAAAUCCCAGGAAAAUUAAGACCAUUUCCUUGAUCGUGUAG